GAGAGAGAGAGAGAGAGAGAGAGAGAGAGAGAGAGGGAACUGAGAGAGUAGGGUUACAGAGAUGACUAGUUGAGUUAGUUUCUGACUAGAUGUUAUAUUUGUGUGCUUUUAGGAGCUCAGAUGACCAAAGAUUUUUAUCUCCAACGCACCAAACCCUGCACCCUCUGCAGAAGCAUCAACAGCUCUCAUAGGCCAAAGAUUGCAAUGGCAGGGCUUUUUUGGGAUCAGCAACAUAGCAUGGCUAGCACCAGUAUCUGGUUUCAGGGUUUGUGGCAGUAGCUGAUAAAGUAGCAACGAGCGACAGCAAGAACAAACAGAAGCAACUGAGAGUAGUACAAGAAAUCAAAAAGUUCCUGGAAAGAGCAAAAUCAGAAGGGCUAGGAAUCUGGAUUUCCAGAGGAAAUUUCAGUUUCCCCUGACACCUAUCCACAAAAUUACAGCCCCAAUACAACAAGUACCACAAGAACAAGACCUUGGCCAAUACCCCCAGCACCUUCAAUCACAUGGGGAACGCAUAGUCUCUCACCAAACAGAAGCACUCAACAAAGAGAUUUUUGACCUAACCAGAGGCUAUGCAAAGCACAGAAACAAUGGGCAUGAAGAGCACCGGAGGAGAGAUAGUCCAAGUCCAAGGUGGCCACAUUGUCCGAUCCACUGGCCGCAAAGACAGGCACAGCAAGGUCUACACUGCAAAAGGUCUCCGCGACCGCCGGGUACGGCUCUCGGCGCACACCGCCAUUCAAUUCUAUGAUGUUCAAGAUCGACUAGGCUACGACCGGCCCAGCAAAGCGGUGGACUGGCUAAUCAAGAAGGCCAAGUCCGCCAUUGACAAUCUAGCUGAGCUACCACCAUGGCAUCCGCCUGGUACUUCUAAUGCUACAUCAGAACAACCAGACCCAGAUGCAGGCACAACAGAAAUGACAAUUGCAGAACAAUCAGAGUCUUCUGGCUACAACUUUCAGCUCCAUCGGCAAUUAGCUGAGAAUCCAGAUGACAAUUCAACCUUCAUUCCACCAAGUCUAGACUCUGAGGCCAUCACAGAUACCUUGAAAUCUUUAUUCCCGACAAGUUCUGCAACUUCCUCUAUCAAUUUCCAGAGCUACCCACCUCAUAUAAUUUCAAGCGCCUCCAACCCCACCCAAGAUCUUGGCCUAUCCCUCCACUCUUUCCAGGACCAUUCAGCUCCAAACGGCCAGACCCUUUUCGCGGGGUCGGCUUCGGUCGGAUUCGACGCCAAUUACCAGAGAAUGGUAGCUUGGAACAGCGACGCAAGCGCAGAAAACAGAGGUGGUUUUGUCUUCAGCUCUCCCGCGUUGCCACAGCAAGCAUUGCUGGGCCAAGGCUCACCAUUUGCACAGAGGGGACCCCUUCAGUCCAGUUUUGCCCCGUCGGCUCGCGCUUGGGAAGAUCUUCCUACAGCCGCGUCGCACCAGCAGAAAACACAGCCAAUUCAUCAGUCUUCGAUCAUUGGAAGCCGGUUUGUGAGCGAGCCAAGCUUUUGCAUUCCAGGGAUAAUUCAGGGUGAGGAGGAGCAGAGUGCCCAUAGGCCAUCCUCUUCGCGUACCAACUCCCGCCAUUGAUUUAACAAGCACUGAACUGAACCGUUUUUCUCACUAUUGGGUGGGGAAAGAGAAAGGUGUGCGCUCUUGAGACUCAAAAGUCUGCUGUGUGGUUGGCUUCAGAUGGUCGAAGUAGAUCAGUGUAAUAGCAGUCUUGUAAAAUAUUUUGUAGAAAUUGAGGACCUUUAGAUUGAAUGCAGAGUAUGUAAGGUUCAUUCAUAUUCAGGCCCAACAUUGGUUACAGGCCCCAUUUUUCUACCUUUCCAAUACCAAAUAAUUAUCCGAAUUUGUAAGAUUUUCAUUUUAUUUUUACAUAAAAUUUAAUGGGAAUUUAGUA